AUGGUGGCUUUCCCUGCUCCUCCCGACAAGCGGAUUAAAUGCUGCUGCCAGGCGCUGGACUACCUCUCCACCCUGCGUAAAGGCAGGAAUCAAACCCCUACCUUCAGCAUCCUCCUCCUCAUCAUCACCACCACCAAGCCCUCAGCUCCAGCUUCUGUCAUCCCAUCAAACCCCAGCAGUCACUGUGUGGAGACCCUCCUCCCAUCUGAAGACAAAGAUUCAGUCCAAGUGUCAGACGUGCUAGUGCAAGUUGCAUGUCAGGAAAUGAGAAAGGUGAAGAUCAUGGAGUGUAAUAAGUCAGUCAACCAGUCAAUCUCUUCACUCAUCUCUGAGCAGCUUGUGCUGCUCGGUGCGACAAUGGCCAUUGUGGAUCUGGCCAUAGUUUUUGGUAACAUCCUGGUGAUUACGGCCAUCCUGCGGUUCCAGCGACUUCAGACUGUCACCAACCUCUUCAUUGCCUCUCUGGCUGUCGCUGACCUCAUCAUGGGCUUGGUUGUGGUGCCCUUUGAUUCCAGUCACAUCCUGCUGGAGACCUGGCCGUUUGGAAACCCUAUGUGUACACUUUGGAUGGCGACAGACGUGCUGUGUGUGACAGCCAGUAUUGAAACACUGUGUGUGAUUGCUCUGGACCGCUACCUUGCAAUUACCUUGCCACUACGUUACCCAGUGCUGGUCACCAGGGGUCGGGCCUUGGCGGCAAUCCUCCUUGUGUGGGUAGUGGCCUCCCUCAUCUCCUUCCUGCCCAUCCAUCAGGAGUGGUGGGUGUCAAAGGAGGAUGCAGCUCUGAAGUGCUUAGACAAAGAGUGCUGCUGCGACUUCAACACCAACACGGCGUACGCUGUCUCGUCCUCAAUUGUGUCAUUCUACCUGCCACUGUUUGUGAUGAUUUUCUUGUAUACUCGGGUGUUCCAGGAGGCCCAGAAACAGCUGGAAAAGAUCAGGGGGAGGGAAAGGCACUUCCACAACUUGCAUUACACCGCACAUGUGGCUUAUCCCAAUGAGAGUCCUGCAAUGAAUAAACUCAGGGUGGGAACUGUGGUGGGGGAACAAGCAGGAGAGGACAGCCAAAACAUGCAGAAACCAGGAGGUGUGGACACUGGUAAAGAAGAAAAGGAAGGGGAGAAUAGAGCAGGGACAGAAAAAGCAGAAACAAAGCACUCUGUCACAAAACGUCUAAAGUUCUGUCUUAAGGAGCACAAAGCUGUAAAAACUCUGGGGAUUAUCAUGGGAACAUUCACACUGUGUUGGCUACCCUUCUUCAUCCUUAACAUCCUCAAUACCUUCUUUCAAUGGAAUAACAUUAAGCUGCCCUUCAAACUCCUCAACUGGCUUGGAUACUCCAACUCAGCCUUCAACCCGCUCAUCUACUGCCGAAGCCCGGACUUCAGAUACGCCUUCCAGGAAAUACUCUGUUUGAGGGGAAAGAAUGGAAGCAGGAGAGGGAGGAGAGGAUGGGGAUGGAGCAGAGAGAGAGAUUGCUUCUCGAAGGCCUCAAGUAGGACGAAUGGGAACUCGGACCUGAAUGGUGCGAGAGGGCUGGACGUUCACCAAAGGUCAGGAUGGGAGGGCAGUCUGGAGAGCUCUGUACGAGACAGCCCGCUCACUCUGACCUCUUGCUGUGAGCAGGUUUUAGAAGUCGCUCCAGGAUCUCUGACGAACCAACAGGCUAACGGCUCUGCUAAUGGGAGCUGUAAGGACAAUCUGGCUUCUAUUGCUUGA